ACUUUUUUUUACAUGUGUUUUUAUAAAAGAUUUUGUUCUUGAAUUAACAACUUUAGAAUUUUGAUUUAAAUAGUCCAGUCUUGCAUAGACACGCAAACUUCAACCAGACUUCUCUUAAUAUAAAAUUACUCAUUAAAUUACUUAAAAUGGGAAAAAAAACAAAAACAUCAAAGAAUAUGGUUGCCCCGAAGGGGUACUGGCAAACGCCGUGGCAAAAAUCUGAAGCUGCCAUAGCUACUUGGAAUAAAUUAGAAAAAGAAGAUAUCGAUCUUGAGGAAUUUAAGAAAAAAAAAUGUGUCACCUAUUUUAAUCGUGAACCUGACGUAAUGCUCCGGAAUGAUUAUGACAGAUUGUUCCAUCCUGAUGAUGACUUCGAUCCAAAAGUCAAAAUAAAAGACAUAAGAAAUAAAAUUAUUAAGGAGGAAGAAGAAAGGACAAUUCCUGUUGUGGUGUCCCAUAUGUAUGGCCAUCGCUAUUCAAACUUGGAGGGGAAAACAUGGACUUCUCACAAGAGGAUAGUCGUCAUGUCAGAAAUCUAUCGCCGAUACAAACCUAAUCUCAAACCUGAGAAAAAAUUGCCUCGGUCCUACCAAAUUGAAAAGCUCUAAAUAAAAUAUUUUAAUC